GCUGAUGAUAAAAAAUAUUAAAACUGUGCAAUUUUUCGUAAUGUUCACAAGAUUACGGAAUUUCAAAGAAAAUUGGCAGAGUUAGCAGGCAAAGAUAAACUAUAAUGAAUACCGGCCAAGCCGAGGAAAAGCCAUGGACACUUUACAAUGCCUCACAGUAUUUACCGGCAGUUUUAAGUGAUCCCAAUAAAGGUAAACAAUCCAACUUUUUCACUAGAACAUGGGGAGAUUCCUUCGUGGAGAAGACAGAAAUCGAGAAAAGUCGUUUUCUACCUGAAAUUACAUAUGCCCAUUUCGAUCAGUACCUUCGAAAAUAUGGGAAGAGGACUAAAAGGCACCAGAGAUUGAAUCAACUGCAACUAGAUGAGAGUACGAAACCAAAAACCAAUUCUGAAGUUCCUAGCUCACAAGAUAAGCUUAAUUUGAUACCGAGUAUUUAUAUGACGAAUGAUUUUAAUUUAAGUGACCCCAAGACUUUCAACCAAUUAUUUGAUGACAAAUCAAAAUCGGAGAACGAUUUGCAAGAUGAACUCAGCCAUUACCUGGAUAUAGUUGAGGAACAGAUAGCCAAGCAAGUGUCCCAACAAUCUGGAGCAUUUUUUCACGCAAUGACCUCACAUGACACGAUUAUGGAGCAAAUGGGUGUAGCAAGCGAUGAGGUACGGACACUUAGAACCAAAGUCCAAAAAGUCGAUACAAAUCUCACAUCUGAAGCCUUAAGACUGUUGGCCUUUGCUAGGUCAAAAACAAAUCACAUACAUUUAGCAGAAAAGUUGAAACUUAUGUCCACGGUAUUACAAACACAACCCACUUUACAAUUAUUAUUGAGUUCUUCUGAUUAUGUUGGCGCAUUAGAAUUAAUAUCAGGUACCCAAGAAGUAUUAACAAAAGAAUUAGCUGGUGUUACUAGUUUACGUCAUCUACCAUCUCAACUUAAAGAAAUGUCCAAAUUAAUAGAUAAAAUGCUUAGUACUGAAUUUGAAAGGUAUGCUGCAGCUGACUUACACCGACCUUUGAGCUCAGAUGAAGGAGUACUUGAACAAGAUCGUUUAGUCAGUUUGGUAGCAGGCUUACUCAGGCAAAACCAUUUACAAUUUCUCGAAAUUUAUAGACAAGAGGCUGUCACUGCCGCUCAGGCAUUAUUGAAGCAGUUAAUGAUUGAGCAGCUUGCUGAUGCUGAAGACGAACUUAAUGAGUUAACAGGAUCUGGCGAAGUUGCUCCCACCAUGGAUCCUGCUCAUUGGUUGAAAGUAUUAAAAUUAGGCAGUGAAGCACUAGGGAAAUUAAUGUAUAGAGUAAAAGCAGUGCAUGAAGUCAUUAAAGAAACUGCAGAUGUUAGUGGUGGCCUAAUCGAGAAUGCCAACAUUUCUGCAGCAGGCUCAGAACAUUUUUUAUCACAGGAAGAUCAUGCCCAAGUUACCAGUAAACUUAAAUCUUUACUUACAUCAGUCUGUGAUUACUGUAAUGAGCGCUUAGCUGCCUUAGUUAGUACUCAAAGUGAUAAAAAUAAUAUUAGUGCCCAUCAAGUUGCGGAAUUAGCAAAAAUUGUAGAAGAGUUUACGAAUUUAUGUGAGGACAUUUGCGGAAAACAGAGCGCUGCUUUGAAAGCUGCCUUCAAAAUUCAAGCUGGAAAUUACGUGCAUAAAUUCAAUAUUCAGAGAAAAAACAAAUUGGCGUUGUUGUUAGAUGCAGAGAGAUGGAAAUACGCAGAAGUCCCUACUGAAAUUCAAAUGCUAGUAGACAAGUUAUCCCAAGGCGAUAUAAUAAAAUCCCUACCUGCCACACCGAGGGAAGGGGAGGAAGAAUGGAGUAGCAAAUACGUAAAUAAACCAUCUCCAGCUCUCAAAAUUGGUACUCAGGAUUACAUUACUGUAGGGACGGUUCUAAUCCUAAUCCGUUUAGUUAGUGAAUACUGCGUGUGUGCUUAUGACUUACAACUUUUGGCUCCUGUGAUAGGUCGAAAUCUAGCCGAACUAUUACGGACGUUUAAUUCUCGAUCGUGCCAGCUUGUGUUAGGGGCUGGCGCGCUAAGAACUGCAGGACUUAAAACAAUAACAAGUACCAAUUUAGCUUUGGCCUCUAGAUCUUUACAACUUGUUUUGUGGAUGAUUCCGCAUAUAAGAAUCAAUUUUCAAGCUUUACUGGGUGAUAAUAAUUUCAAUAGUUUUGAUAGUGUAGAGAAAGAUAUUGGGCAUCACAUUCACCAAUUGGAAUCGAAAGUUUUGUCGAUAAUGAAUACUCUAUUAGGCGAUCAGUUGAACGAGUGGGAGGCUAAACCUCCAGUUCCCAGUAAGCAGUUGAGGAAUAUUUCCAGGCAUUUAACAAAGUUGCACGAGGCUGUGAGUUCUGUUCUGCCAGAGGAACAGGUCAACGACAUUUAUCAAGAAAUCCACAAAAACUUCAAAACUCGAAUACGAGAACAGAUUCUGAAGAUGCACAUUCAGAGCAAUGGUGGACCACAACAUGGCGUAGUUACCACGGAAUUAAUAUUUUACCUGCAAACUAUGAAAAUGCUUAAAGUACUGCCAGAAAAAUUUGUUAGUGAUAAUGCCAUGGACGAUAUAUGGGAUAGGUAAGUAAUAAAUAAUUAUUAUUUAUGGAGAAAAACCUAUAAACGAAAUUUUUCUUAGAAUUAUUAUUGCAUUGGUUAAAUUUUCUCAUAAUACAUUUGCAUUUUACAAUCGGCUGCAAAAUAAAUGUGCCACACCUAAAAUAUUUUACGAUAUGUUGUGAUUAGGUUGAAAUUUUUGAUGUUCUGCAAUAAACGAUACUGUCAGGUUAUACAAUGAAAUAGAAUAAGGUGUGAAGAUAUUAGAUCCUCAGAUCCUCGUACUCUUAAAAAAUAAUUUUUUUGCCUUAUUUCUACAUUUAUUUGUUUCUAUUGCGAUAGGUAGGUAGCACAAUUAGGUAAAAAUCUGGGUUUCAAAAAUGUCUUUUGAAUCUGUGGAAUAAUCACAUUUUUGUUUGAUUUGCGUGUAAUAAUUUUUCUCAUCGCGAAAAUGUAUAAAUACAUACCAUAUUCUAUCCCAUCCCCUACGUUUAGAAGUGCAUUUUUUCUAUUGAGAAUAAUGUAUUAAUUUUUAGAAUUAGCAAUUUUUUUUCAAAUGAAAAUGAAGAAUGUAUUUUUAAGAUAAUUUGCCAUUAUUUGUGAAGAUUUGAAGAAAGGAACAUACAGUCGAAUAAUAAUUCCAGAAUUACUGAUUAUACUUGGUUCCUGAAUUCUUUUUAUUUAUUUAUUUUUUUUUUUGCUGCAAUAUGCAAUUUGCUUGAAAUACUUAACCAAGUUUUCUUGAUUUUUGUUUAGUUUAUAUUAGAAGUAUAUUGAAUUAUAUUUAUUCUUCUGCUGUAUGCUUUUUUACAUGUAUAUUUAUGGAGAUAACCAAUUAACUAGAUGAGAGAUUUUUAUACAGUAUUGUUUUUGUUGUGUUUUGUUAUAUGUAUUUUUA